AUGUCAUUGGAUCAAGUAAUUCAAGACGCAAUCACCGAUAGAGCUGUGGAACUCUUUUUGGUAUCCAAUAUGUGUCCAAUUUGUGAAUCUAAUGCAUAUCUAAAUCCUAAUUUUAGAUAUGGGUAUCAUUCUAAAAGAAUUGUACCAAAACUAAAUCGGUCAUCCAAAACCUUCAAUCCAAAAUUACAAAAACAAUUAAUUAAAGAAAAUUGUCAAGAUUUAAAAGAAGAAGUGAAUGAAGGGAUUCAUUUCAAGACAUUAAUUGAACCACCUAAUCUGGAUUUUAUUGAAGAAAGAGGUGGGUUUACUUGUUUUGGUGAUUGGGAAACUUGGCCUGGUAAAUCUUCUAGAGCUAUGUUGGAAGAAUGUAAAGAAGCAUUACAAGCGCUAUUAAAUACAUUAUUUUAUUCAUACUUGAAACUUUUAAACCAAUUAUCAAACCAAGGACCUCCAUCACUUUGGAACCAAAGUCAAACCAAUCAAGUUUCCAAAAUCGAUCAAAUCAUCUCUCAUAUCAAAUUAACUCCAUUUAAUAUGCAUGGAUUAUGUAAUGAAAUUAGACCUAGGCAAACAAUUGAAGGAAUGCAUUGUUAUCUGCUGUGA